AUGGCCCAAAGAAGGGCACAUCAGAAGAAAAGCAUCAAGAGAAGUCGAAAGAGGGUGCCUGAGGCUGCCACAUCUACUAUUGUGCCUGCUUUAGCAGGCACGCCCACCUCGGUGGGCUCUGUGAAAAACUGUGAAAUUACUGAUAAAAGCAGUGAAAUUACUGAUAAAAGCAGUGAAAUUACUGAUAGAAGCAGUGAAAUUACUGAAAAAAACAGUGAAAUUACUGAAAACACUGAAUUUCCUGAGCACACUGACAUUCCCAUUGCUUCAGAUGUUACUGUUCAUGCAGCUUAUACAGAUGCUUCAGAUGAGACAGAUGCUACAGUUGACACAGCCUAUCCUGUCAGUUUGAGUGCCACUGAUGCCCCUGGUCAUUCAAGAACCAGUAGCACUGGCAGAAAUAUUUUGAAAAGAGAGAAAAAUAAAAUCAGAAUGCAACUUCUUAGAUCUGAUCCACAGUACAGAAAAGCUGAACAAAAUGCUCAAAGAGUAACACGUUCUCAGUCCCAUGUGAAAAGGAAAAUUCAAAAACACAGACAAUUGAAAAGGUCUGAUCCAGAGUACAGAAAAAACGAACAACAAUCUCAGAGACUAAAACGUUCUCAGGUCGAUGAGAAGAGCAAAAUUUUAAAGCACAAACAGUUGAAAAGGUCUGAUCCACAGUUCAGGAAGCGCGAACAAGAAUCUCAGAGACUAAAACGUUCUCAGGUGGAUGAGAAGAGCAAAAUUUUAAAGUACAAUCAGUUGAAAAGGUCUGAUCCACAGUAUAGGAAAGGUGAACAAGAAUCUCAGAGACUAAAACGUUCUCAGGUGGAUGAGAAGAGCAAAAUUUUAAAGUACAAUCAGUUGAAAAGGUCUGAUCCACAGUAUAGGAAAGGUGAACAAGAAUCUCAGAGACUAAAACGUUCUCACGUGGAUGAGAAGAGCAAAAUUUUAAAGUACAAUCAGUUGAAAAGGUCUGAUCCACAGUUCAGGAAGUACGAACAAGAAUCUCAGAGACUAAAACGUUCUCAGGUUGAUGAGAAGAGCAAAAUUUUAAAGUACAAUCAGUUGAAAAGGUCUGAUUCACAGUAUAGGAAAAAGGAACAAGAAUCUCAGAGACUAAAACGCUCUCAGUAUGAUGUGAAGACAAAAAUUCUGAAACACAAACACUUGAAAAGGUCUGAUCCUUAUUACAAAAACAAAAUUCCUCCAUGCGCUAUGGUGAAUGGCCUGUCGUUUCCAGAAAAACCCAGCUUCUUGGAUUUAAAACCUUUAGAGUGGAGAUUAACUAGCCCAAGGUUAGUUUUCAUGAAGCUUCAACAAGCUCCACGUGGAAAACAAUACAAAUUAGAAGGAAAUGUUGUAAAUAUACCAGCAGAUGUGACAUCGACUGUUACAAAGUUACCAAGAACUGAGGCAGAUAGUUCUACAAUUAAAGUUCAGCUCAAAAGAAAUGUGAAAUUUAAAAAUUAUGCAUAUGCUCAGAAUGUAAGACCUAACAAAGUACUUGAGGCUGCUGCUUGGUUAACUGCAAAUGGAAAAUUAUAUCAAGAAAAGGGAAUAACUGUAGACACAACAUGGAAAUUAGAAGAAAAUCCUUGCAGCUCUGACACAUUUGAACAAACAAAAAAAGAGCAUACAACUAUUUGUAACUUGAGUGAGGAACAAAUACAAAACUUACUGAGAGAAUAUGUUUGUGUUGAAUGCCCUGCUAAUUGUAAAAACAUUCAAUUUUCUGAAGAAGGGCACCUUAUGGAUCAGGAUGGUGAUUUUGCGGAUGAAUUCUAUGUCAUUUUAGACAAGCCUUAUAAAUAUGAUCCAUCUGUUGAUGUUGACAAAUUUGUGGCUACUAUUCAAAGUGAAAGAAAAAGUACUGGUUCUUCAAAACGACCACACGUUUUAGGUGUACCUGCAUUCAAAUCACAAGAGAGAGGCAGAUCAAGAUAUCGCAAGAAGAUAAAUACAAUCAGAUCUUCUAGUAGAGAACGAAUUGAAAAACUCAUUGCUUAUGAGCGCCACCAUAUUCUAAGAAAAUAUAAACAUUUGAAACUGAGUUAUUAUGGUUUGUUUAAAAGAAAAAAACAAGGAAGAACAUGGUACUCAAGAUACUUCAGAACUGUAAAGAAAAUUCGACACAGAGUAAGAAAUAUUUCACACUUGCAAAAGGAGUUAUCAUACUUACAGCAAAGACAUAUAUUACCUACAUAUUGUGAAUCUGAAAAUGAGGUACAACACCUACGAACUGACAAUACUUCAUUUCAUUUUAUGCCUGUAGAUGCCCUCUGGCAAGAGAAAAUAACCGAGAAACUAAACUUACCAUUAAAGCGUCCACACAAUUGGCCUGAAACUGGUAGUAAUAUUCUUUUGACAAAUCCUAGGCAGUUGAAGAAAGUUAUUGGAGAUGGAAAUUGUUUUUUUCGAAGUUUGUCUUUUACCAUCACUGGUUCUGACAUGUUGUAUGAUAAUAAUCACAUUAUACUUAGAAACAAAAUCGUCAGUCAUAUGAAGCAGCUUGAGUAUGCUUUUGCAAGUGGUAUGUUAGGUGAUAAUGACAGCACCUCAGCAAAUUAUAUUAGACGAACAGGCAUGGAUAGUGUAAAUGUUUGGGGUACUGAAACAGAAAUACUUGCUGCAGCACAUCUGCUACAAACGGACAUCUAUGUCUACUGCAAGCCUGGUGACUCUUGGAAAUGGUUAAAGUAUUCUGCUAACUUUCUUGACCAGAACAAUCAUUCACACGAGACAGCUAUUUACCUGCAAAAUACAAACUCUGAUCACUAUGAUAUCGUGCAGAGUGUAUGCGACUCAUCAUUGUCUGCUGAUAGCCUAAGCAAGAACUUGCUGCAAACAAAGCAGGUAACACGAGCUAAAUCAGAUAUAAGUAAAUACUUACAGGCAAAUGAUAUUACAGAUUGGGACGAAAUUGAUGAGGAAGAAAUGAAACCUGGUAUAAGAGAUACAAUGUUAACAGGUAGAGACUUCUUAGAAGACACAGAGAGAGAGAAAAUUUACUCUUUUGCACCUGGUCAAGAAGGUCAUCCACUCAGCAUAUUCAGAGAUGAACACUGUGAGGAACUGGCCUUUCCUGAAAUAUUUCUUGGCAAUGCAAGGCCUGCAAAUCAAAACAGACUUGUCCCUGUACACUACAGUGACAUUUGCAAGUCGGAAUUAAGACGCAAUGACAGAAGAGCAGCAAUGUGUGUUGACAACAUAUUUUUUAAAGCAAAAAAACUACAGAUGAAAAGAUUGAUUGGGUCAGCUUCUCUUGCUGUAAGAAAACAUAAAACUAGUGGAAAGAAACUCACUGCAGGAGAUUUGAAACAGUCUGGAGCCAUUGAGAAACUUUUACAUUUUGAUGAAGGUUAUACAUUCCUAAAAGGAGUACGUGGUUCCCCCCCAUAUUUUGAGAAAGCAAAAAAAGAUUUAUUUGCAAUGAUACGUCAGCUAGGAGCAGCAACUUUUUUCUGCAGUUUUUCUUCUGCUGAAACAAAAUGGAAUCAUUUACUUGGAACUCUUGGUCAAUUAGUAGAUAAUAGACAUUACUCAGAAUCAGAGUUAGAACAGCUAAGCUGGGAUGAAAAAUGUCGCUUGAUUCAGAGUGAUCCCAUUACUUGUGCACGGCAUUUUGAUUAUCAAGUCCAGUGUUUGAUACAUCACUUUUUGUGCCACAAAGUAGCACCAUUAGGUAAAAUACAAGAUUUUUUUUACCGUGUAGAAUUUCAACACAGAGGUAGUCCACAUAUUCACAUGCUGCUUUGGAUAGAAAAUGCACCUAUUUAUGGUGUCAAUUCUAAUGAAGACAUCAUACAAUUUGUUGAUAGCACAAUUUGCUGUAGCAAACCAAAUGAAGAUGAUCCAAUAAAAGAACUUGUAUCUUAUCAGACACACAAACAUACAAGGACAUGUAUAAAGAAUUUGAAAAAAUCUUGCAGAUUCCAUUUUCCACAGCCUCCGAUGAAAAAAAGUAUUAUUCUGAAACCCCUUGAAGAUACUUCACAGAAGAAAGAAUAUGCACAAGUUUGGACAAAGAUUCAUAAUAUUAUAAAUGACAAAAAUUUUACAUGUGUUAGUCUAACAUUUGAAGAAUUUUUAAAUAAAGUACAAGUCUCAGAAGAAGAUUACAUUUUGGCAGUGAGAUCUACAAUCAAAACUGAUACUUUGUUCUUAAAAAGACUGCCCUGUGAAAUUUGGAUAAACAAUUAUUCCAGGUCAUGUUUACAAGCAUGGAGAGCAAAUAUGGAUAUUCAGUUUGUUUUAGACAUCUAUGCUUGUGCAACAUAUAUUGUAAAUUACAUUUCUAAAGGACAAAGAGGCAUGUCAGAUUUACUUUAUCAAGCUUGCAAAGAAGCUAGAGAAGGUAACAGUGACAUAAAACAGCAGGUCCGUCACAUUGGAAACAAAUUUCUUAAUAAUGUUGAAAUUUCUGCUCAAGAAGCUUCCUACAUCACUUUACAGUUACCCAUGAGAAGAGCAUCUCGAUCAUUUGUAUUCAUUAACACUACACCCCCUGAAGACAGAGUACGAUUACUUAAGCCACUGGAAGAAAUAAAAGAAUUAGAAGAUGAAUCUGACAAUAUUGAGUCCAGCAACCUUUUGAAACGUUAUAGCAGGCGCUUACCUUCCUUGGACAAUGUUUCCCUUGCAGAUUUUGCUGCAUAUUAUGACAACAAUUUGAACAUAAUUGGCGGAAGCAAGAAAAGAUCUUCUAGAUUAUUAGAUACAGAUGGUAUGCCAUUGGAAAAGCAUGACCUUGAAAAUUUUGAGGAUGAUAUUCAUGAUAUUACAUGUGAAACAGACAUUAUUAAACGAAAAAAAGCAAAAAUUAUUCGCAGUGUUUGGUUCAGUGAGAGUUUAUAUCCUGAAAAGCAUUAUCGUGAGCUAUUGAUGUUGUAUAUACCAUGGAGAAAUGAAGAAUCUGACAUUUUGCAAAAUUUUGAAAGUUACGAACAGAGAUGUCAACAUUUAGAAAAUGAGAUUUGGGAACAACAGAGAAUGUAUUCUCCAGCUAAAGAUGAAUUGCACAGAGCAAUGGAAGAUCUAAAUAACAUGGAUAGUGAAGAUGAAGAUAUGUGGGCCACUGUUGCACCAAAUACUGAGUGUCAAAAUGAAGUUGAUCAGUGUGAAACUAGUGAUGUGGUACAAUCUUCUGUUGGUCUGUCCUAUGACUUAGCAGAAGAUUUGGGUAUACAUGUAUCUGCCAAAAGUUGCAUUGAAGAAGAAAUUGUUAAUAAAGAAAUACCUGAUAUCAGUUACUGUAAAAUGAUUAGAAACAUGAACAGACAACAGUUCGAGUUUUUCCAUCAUGUUUUACAUUUAAUCAAAUCCAAUUCUGAUCCGUUUCACAUAUUCCUGUCUGGAGGUGCUGGUGUGGGGAAAUCAUUUGUCACUCGCGCUCUGUAUCAAGGUAUUUUAAAGUACUUGUCAAGUUUACCUGGUGAAGACUUCCGGACAAUUAGAGUUGCUUUGGUUGCUCCUACAGGAAAAGCUGCUUAUAAUAUUGGUGGCCACACAAUUCACAGUUUACUGAAAAUUCCUGCAAAUCAAAGUCUCAGAUAUAAAAGACUCAGUGCUGAUGUGUUAAACAGUUUCAGAUACAAACUUGGAUCACUUAAAGUUCUCUUUAUUGAUGAAGUUUCAAUGGUUGGGAGUAAAAUGUUAAGUUUCAUCAAUGAACGGUUAAAAGAAUUAAAAAACAAUGACAGAUUGUUUGGAGGUGUUAGCAUUGUGGCUAUAGGUGACCUAUUUCAACUGAAGCCUGUGUUUGAUAACUGGAUAUUUGAAAAUCCAAACAAUGACUAUUAUCCAUUAGCUACUAAUUUGUGGCAGAAACAUUUUCACAUGUAUGAACUGACUGAGAUCAUGCGUCAAAAAGACAGUAAAGAGUUUGCAGAAAUUUUAAAUAGGCUUAGAGAAGGACAUCACACAGACAAAGACAUUAAGGUUCUAAGUGAACGCCAACUUGAUCAAUCAAAAACUAGCCAAAAACCAUUACUACAUGUUUUCCAAACAAAUUCUCUGGUAGAAAAUUUCAAUCAUGCAAGUUAUCAAAAUGCGAAAGGAGAAAAAUUUCAAAUUGCAGCCACUGAUACUAUCACUGGGCCUGUACCAAAACAUUUAGAAAACAACAUCAAAAAGCAAAUUCCAUUGGAUCAUAAAAAAACCAUGAAUUUACGAAGGAUUCUACAUAUUGCAGUUGGGGAAAGAACUGAAGUUGUCCUAAAUGUUGACACAGAAGAUGGCAUUACUAAUGGUGCACCAAAUGUUGUGAAACUGGUAGAUUUAGACAGACAAUUAAUUUGGGUACAAUUUGAUGCAGAGGACAUUGGCAAAAAUGUCAGAAGAAUGAACAAAUCAUUAUAUAAUAGCAACAUUUCAAAAACAUGGACACCUAUCUUUCCUGUUAAAAGACAAUUUCACCUGGGAAAAACAGGACAGUAUCAAGUCGUAAGAAAACAAUUCCCACUGCAGUUGUCUGCUGCAAAAACUAUACACAGAUGUCAAGGUGACACAUUGAAAGAAUUAGUUGUAGAUCUCAGUGGCAGAAAAAAUGAGCACAUGCAUUAUGUUGCACUUAGUCGUGUAGAAAAAUUAGAAGGAUUGCAUAUUUUGGAAUUAAAUGCCAGUAAAAUAUGCAUUUCUGACAAAGUUAAACAAGAAAUGAAACGUUUAAGGCAAGAAGCACAGCUUGUAAAAUCAAUAUCAUUUCUAUAUGAACAACCAGAUGACCACUUCAAAAUAAUCCAUUGGAAUUGCUGUUCUCUUCACAAAUACAUUGACGAUAUCAGAAAGAAUUUUGAUGUAGCAAAAGCAGAUGUAUGUGCUUUCACAGAGACCAGAUUUGCAAUUAAAGACCUAAAUACAAAAUACCAGUUAAAAGAUAAAUAUCUUCACAGAAAUGAUAGUACUCUUCAUAGACAGCAUGGUACUGCUAUCUACAGUCACCAUAGAUAUGCAGAGAAUUUUCCAAAAAAUUACAACUUUUCUGGAAUUGAGAUUACUGACACACGAUUAGAUCAGUUUCCUGACUUUGUUGUCAUCACAAUUUACCGACCUCCUCAUGGUAAAAUGCAGGUUCUUCUUGAGGCUUUGAGAAAUAUUCUUGACACUAUUGAUAAGACAGACAAAUGUGUUAUUAUAGGUGACUUUAAUGUCAAUUGGCUCCAUGAAAACAAUGCAAAUGCUCUCAGAAAAAUGAUGUGCCAAGACCUUAUGUUUAGACAACAUGUCACAACUCAAACUACCAUUUAUGACUCAGCCUUAGAUCUUGUCUUCACAAACUUUGAUCAUGCAGAUCUUAAAAUUAUAGUUCUUCCCACUUAUUUUGGUGAUCACUUUCCAGUCUGUUUGUCUUUUCCCAAAAAUUGUCUUUAA